GAGAGAGAGAGAGAGAGAGAGAGAGAGAGAUGUGAUAGUGCGUGUUUAGGACGAGAGAGGAGAGCGCAGAGUGAUCAUAAUCAAGGCAAAAGUCCGACCGCGGAGGGAGCGCACUUAAAUCACGUGGGGGUGUGGAUUUGUACGGGGAAAAAGUAAAAGUGUCGUCGGAGUGACUUGUGCUUACACUUUGUUUUCCUCCUCUCCUUGCCUUUCCAACCCCCCCUCCGCCCUGCAUUCCGCGGAGCAGCUGUGUUUUAAUGCCCCUGCGCACCCGAGGAGGAGAGGAAGGAGAGAAGAGUGAGGAAGAAGAGGCAGAAGAAGAAGAAGAAGAAGAAGAAGAAGAAGCAGAAGUGAGAAGGCCUGGACACCACCCCUCCUCGCCCUUUGGAGGUCUGUCCACUCUCCCCUCCUGGCCCUGCAUGGACGGGGAUGGGGAGAGCCGGAUGCUGUUGCCGCGGGGCUGAGCGCCUCGCCUCCCCGUCUCUGGUGCGCCGCUUCCGGCCACUGCUGCUGCUGAUCAUCGCUUUGUGCUGCGGUGCCCACAUAGGUCAGUGCCAGGUGGCCACCCCUCAGUGCCGUAUCCAGAAGUGCACCACCGACUUCGUCUCCCUGACCUCCCACCUCACGCCGGCCGUGGAUGGCUUUCACACCGAAUUUUGCAAGGCUUUGCGGGCGUACUCGGCCUGCACGCAGAGGACAGCCAAGUCCUGCCGGGGGAACCUGGUCUUCCACUCUGCCGUGCUGGGCAUCUCAGACCUCAUGAGCCAGAGGAAUUGCUCCAGGGACGGGCCCACUUCUUCCACGCACCCCGAGGUCCACCCGGAGCCUUGCAACUACCACAGUCGCACCCAGCACGCCCACACACACUCCCAUGCGCACGCACACACGCACUCCCACACUCACGGCCACAGCCACUCGCGGCCUGGGUACCUGUUCUGCGGGCUGUUCGGAGACCCCCAUCUGAGGACGUUUAAGGACAGCUUCCAGACUUGUAAGGUGGAGGGGGCUUGGCCUCUCAUCGAUAAUGACUAUCUGUCGGUGCAGGUCACUAAUGUUCCAGUGGUAACAGGCUCCAGUGCCACAGCAACCAAUAAGAUCACCAUUAUCUUCAAGCCCUAUGAGGGUUGCACAGACCAGAGGGUCUACCAGGCCGUCACAGACAACCUCCCUGCUGCCUUUGACGAUGGCACUGUGAGCAGCGGAGACCCAAUCCACGCUUCUGCUGGUGCCGACGGUGCAACCGGGAAGGUCCGGGCUCUGUGGAUCUCUGAGCGCAGCCCGGGGCGCCAUGUGGAGCUGCACGCUGGCUACAUUGGCGUAACGGUGAUUGUCCGCCAGCUGGGUCACUACCUGACCCUGGCGGUGCGGAUCCCCGAGGAGCUGGCUCAGGCCUACGAUGCCACCCAGGACCUGCAGCUCUGUCUGAACGGCUGCCCCAGCAGCGAACGCAUCGACCAGGGAGGGCACCUGCCCCUGCCCCUGUCCCCACCUGCACUCGGCCUACAGCUUCAGCAGCUUCGGCGGCCCAGCUACUCCUCACAGACACAAUCAUCCCCCUACGGUGCCCCGCAGGUUUUCGGUGUGGAGGGGGCGAAGGAACGUUGUCGGGAGCAGCUGGAGGUGCCAGACAUUUACUUCCACUCAUGCGUGUUUGAUCUCCUGACCACCGGGGAUGCUAACUUCACAGUGGCGGCGUACAGUGCCCUGAAGGACAUGGAGAGUCUUCACCCACACCAGGACAGAUGGAGGAUCUACCCCCGCGGCUCUGCCACUUCCACCUUACACCUUGAUACUCAACAUAUCAAACACCUCGCUCUGCUCCUGCUGUGUGCACUGAGCGUUGGGUUCAUGUAAGAGUGGAUGUCUUUGUGCCUGCAUGCGUGUGGGCUUGUGUAUGUGUGUGCACUAGAAAUAGAGUUUUGGGAGUUUUUUGCUGAGCACUGAAACUGAGCACUGGUUCCUCUCCCCUGCAGAGAGGUAACAACAGGCUGGACAGUUACUGGGAACUAGAAGUCUUUUUUUAGGAGAAGUGGCACACCUCCCAGCGGGCACAAGAGAUACUGACAACACUAACAGCAUCUCACUGCAAGGGUCGACCCGGCAGAAUCAGCCGUCUGGGGAAUAACACAGGAGAUGUGAUGAGGAUGGGAUGCCAUAAAUGUUCCUGUGUGGGUGAAUUGAGUGUGUAUCACACAAUAUGGAUAUACACUCCAGACUGUAAAUAGUUUGUUUUGUCUUCAGUGCACAGUGUAAUGGCGUAGGGUUUGUCUUAUUGUGCCAUUUGAUGUGAUUUUUCUUUAAUACCUCAGACAGAGGAUGUUUGUUUUAACAGAAGCACUUUAUUUUGAUUUUUUUUUUGUUUUGUACAAAUCCACAUCAGUGUUUCUUCCUCACACAAACUGUCCUCCACCAAAAUCUCCAAUGGCUCACGUUUUGAAGACCUUUUUAGAAGUUGGUUUUGGAUCCUGUCAAUGUAAAAGUCAGUAGAAUACAAGGAGCUGCCAUUUUUUUGUUAAAAUGCAUCAUUCUUUCAGUAGCUGAUUUGACACAGUGUCUCAUUUUAUGUCAGUUAAUGUGAGUUGUUCUCUUUUGAAUGUAUUAUGAAUAUUGUCACAGCAAAUGCCAUCAGUACUAUUAUGUUGUUGUAUGAAUUUGUUGUUUUUCCUCAGAUUUCAAAAUGUGCGUGUGUGUGUGUGUGUGUGUGUGUGUGUGUGUGUGUGUGUGUGAGUGCGUCAUUGUUUUUUUUUAACCAGUUGGUGACAAGCUUGGAUGUGUUUUUAUUUCCUCUAAGAAUCAUGUUAGAGGCACUCCCACCUUUUUGCCAAGAGGCUGUGACCAUAUGGGCUCAUGUUUGUUGCUCACCGUAUUCUUUGUUGUGUUCAUUUGAGCCAAAGACAGAUUAUGGAAGCCUUGUAAGAGGGGCGCAAAGGUUUUCAUGUACAAAGGAAAUCAUAACUUAUCACCAAACCAGCACCUUCCCUUUUCCUCUGUUUUUAAACUUGCUACUGUAGACUGUUUUUCUCCUACUGCCAGAAUUGACAAGCUGCUCCUCACUGGGACAUGUGUAAGAUACUGGAGAGUAGACAAAACACUGCAAAUCACUGAGAAAACUUCCCCACAGCGCCUGCUGUCAUAUGUGCCUCAGCAGUGCGUUGUGGGAAAUGUAUGCUUUUUUGAUACCUGAUGGAAAUGUGUUAACUCUCUCGAGACUAUGAGCCUUUAUGACAUAUAACAUUCUGUAUAAUUAUGCCCCAUUCGGUUGGCCAUAAACUUAAUCUCAGUUUUGGCAUUGUGAUCUCUUACAUCAUGUGUGAGUGUCAGUUUGGUGAAGAGUGACUGGUCAAUGUUGAAAUACUUAACUUAUUUAUGAACGUAGUGUCCUGUAGAGGAAGUUAAGCUCCAUAUUCUUGCUGUUGGAUAAUAAUUUAAAAAAUGUCAGAUGUGAUUGUACUGCCACCUAGUGGUGCUCUGUUGCUAUGUCAGUGUGUUAUUCAAGGCGCUUAAAAAAAAAACAUGGAGGAAAAAAACUGUG